AUGUACACUUCUAUUUCUCUUGCUGCCCUUUUAGUACGGGCUGUCGCAGCUUUAGUACUGGAGGAUGGGGUUGGAAAACUUCACGCCUUGGGCUGGAACUCAUGGAACGCCUUUGGAUGCAAUAUCAAUGAGACAAAAGUCAUAGCCGCUGCUAAUCAAAUGAUCGCCCUCGGUUUCAAAGACGUUGGAUAUGAAUACGUGAAUAUUGAUGAUUGUUGGGCCGCCAAAACUGGUCGCGAUAAUUCCACCGGUCAAAUCAUCCCUGAUCCAGCAAAAUUUCCAUCGGGGAUUAAAGGCGUCGCCGAUCGAAUCCACGCUCUUGGCCUAAAGGUCGGCAUUUACGGUAGCGCUGGCACACAAACAUGUGGAGGGUACCCAGCGCAGAUUGGUCAUGAACAGCUUGAUGCCGCAGCCUUUGCGGCCUGGGGAAUCGACUAUUUCAAGUAUGACAACUGCUACGUUCCUGAUGGUUGGAUCGACACAUAUACGGCUUGCGUCCCUGAUCAAUGGCAGAAGUAUGGACCGUAUGUGAACGGACCAUGCGGUGUAUCUGCCAGCGAUGCUCCCAUUGGGUAUGACUGGGCGUCGAGCAAUACCUCACAUCGAUAUAACAUUAUGCGCGACGCAUUGCUAGCACAGAAUCGAACGAUACUGUACAGUUUGUGCGAAUGGGGCCAAGCAAACGUACAGCAAUGGGGAAAUGCAACCGGUAGUUCCUGGCGGAUCUCUGGUGGUAUUAACCCGUAUGUUAACUUUUGGGGCCAUAAUGACGCCGACAUGCUUGAGGUCGGAAAUGGAAAUCUGACUUUAGCAGAAACCAGAUCACAUUUUGCAUUUUGGGCUGCGAUGAAAAGCCCUCUGAUCAUUGGCACAACCCUGGAAUCUUUGCCUGAUACUCAUGUCAACAUCUUAAAGAACAAGUACUUGUUGUCGUUCAGUCAGGAUCAAGUCCAUGGCGCUCCUGCAAUACCAUACAAAUGGGGGACGAACCCUAAUUGGACUUUCAAUGCUACGCACCCGGCAGAAUAUUGGAGUGGAAAAUCAACGAGAGGAAUCCUAACAUUAGCAUUAAAUGGCUUGGACACGUCUGCUACAAGAGAGAUCUUGUGGGGUGAAAUUCCGCAUUUGGACACUGACUCGGAUGCGUUUAUGACCACGGAUAUCUGGACAGGGAAGAGUCUUGGGUGUAGAAAAGGGGGGAUCAAGACUGUGGUACAGAGUCAUGACACCGUCGGUUAUCUAAUAGGAGAAAAAUGUACGCCUGGAUAA